AUGCCGUACCACCUACCGGUUCUACUCAAUCCAUUAGUCAACGCUGUUUUUAACUGUCCUGCGCCUGGUGCGUCACCACUGAAGAAGCUUUUCAAUAACGCUAAAGACAAGAAGUUCAUUCUUGUCGUUCCAAGGACAGAAGUGCUAUUGCAGUAUCAGGAUGCCACUACAUAUGUACCUUUGACGGAACUAUGCUACAAUUACGAAUUUGUGGCUUCGCAUACGCUGGUGCAGCUGCAGGAAGCACGGGUCACCGAGCUAGAGUUCCAGACCAUCAAUGGCAAAAGCGUUGUAAUACGACCGCAGUCCGGGAUAAUCACUGCACAACCCAGCGCUAAGAAGUGCCGCAUACAAAGAUGUGAGCUGCUUCGCAGCUUCAAUGACUAUCUGCUCGGAAGAACAGCAUUUGCACUUCUCUAUAUCGAUAGGCCUCUAGUUGGAGAGAUAGAGCUGAUAACUCCGCUACGUGUAUUCGGCCCGCAGGAACAGCCGCUACAGUAUCAGCGAAUUACACAGACUGCCGAUGCACCUUUGCCUCUUGAGCAAUUCCUCCGUCUGCACCCUCAACUCGGAAACCAGCUGGAUGAAGUUUUUAAGGAUGCCAAGGAGCGUAUGCGAUAUAUUGCUCUGUCCCUAAAAGAACUUGUCCGUCUAUUUCACGAGCUAGUCGAAAAAGUCUACUGCCUGAUCAAGCUGGACAAAAACUUCCGUAACUAUCUGAACCUACUGGAAAUGGUUCAGGGGUACGUGGAGCUUAACAUGUAUGAAGAUGUCUGGCGAAAGCUCGUUCAAUUAAAUGGGAAAAAUGAGCCUGAUAGAGUUCCAGGAUAUUAUAUUACGAGGUCUAUCUCACUGAACCAGCUUUCCACCAGUAUAUAUCCUGAGGAGUUGGAUAAGUUUAAUCUAUCUCCUGUCACCGAGAUAGAAAAGAGGGUCGUGCAAGCCACUGAGUGUUUCUCGAAACUAACAUUAACAAAUAGCCAUCAUGAAAAGGCGCGCAUACUGAUAUCAACCUUUCAAAAAUUGACAACGAAAACUUCUCAAGCUACUUUGGAUCCAAUGAUUGACGCAGAUACCUUACUGGGUUUGAUGGUUGUUGUAGUUUGUCGCGCACAAGUUAAAAACUUGAAGAGUCAUCUAGAUUAUCUUAGAGAAUUUGCGCAGAAUUCGGAUGACGUAAAGUUUGGGCUCCUUGGGUAUUCGCUAUCGACGCUCGAAGCGGUGGUCGGAUAUUUCGAUAUUGGCGGCAGCUCAAUUAAACUUGAAAGAUUGAUCACACAAUGUCAAAGGAAUAAGAUCUUCUGGAACUUGAUAGAGCAAGGAAUUCCAAUAAAUUUAAAGGAGCAUGAAGAAGUCCUCAUAUCGCGCACUCCGUCCUGUGAAUCAGUUUUGUCUUUAUGUAUCCAGUAUGGCAGACAGGAUGUGUUUUACGACAUAAUCGCAAAUUACCAAUCCCACUUUACCUUAGAAGACAUUCUGCAGGAUGUGAAUCAAUCCAACUGUUCAUUACUUAUACAGGCACUGCAAGCGGGUAACAAAGAUAUCACAGAGGCAGUGAUUGAUCUACUUAUUGCCAAUUGCACCAACACUGAGAUGUAUGCCUAUAUAAACAAAUGCGAUAUAGCCGGACGAACAGUUGGGCAUUACCUGCCACAGAAUUAUGAAAUAGUUGAUCGUUUGGGGAAAUUCGUAGACUGGAAAAGAAAGGAUUUAAACAUGCACACGCCAUUAUUCACUGUUUGCAGGGCAUAUGACCAUCCAAGUUAUCUUGAACUUCUCUCGAAGUGCUUCCAACACUGCUUUGAUUUCUACUCUACCAGGGGGAAGAGGUUUUCUUUUGCAGACCAUGAAGAUCCAUUAGGUAAUACUCUUCUACACAUUAUUAAAGACGGUAUCCAGCUAGCUCUAUCAACCCCAGGUGCUAAUGUUAAUAAGUGCAACACGAGGGGAAUGACACCCUUGAUGGUUUAUGCCAAAUACAAUAGAAUUGAAAAUAUUCGUGAAAUACUAAAUGAUAAACGAUUGAUUUUAUCGAAGCUGCAGGAUCCACAGAGUUUAAAAGCCAUUGAUUACGUGAAAAAUCCAAUUAUAUUGAACCUAAUAGGAACUGCUAUGGCUAAAAAUUCUCUUUAUGGAUGUCUUUCCGUUCAUAAUAUCAAAUACGAAGAAAAUGCAUGGUAUCUCUGGAUAACCUCUUCAUUAUCACCUGAGAGCUAUAAAACAUCUAGUUAUGCAUUAAAGGAUAUCCAGUCUUUGCUUCAAAUAUAUAACAAGAAGCAUCCUAUGAGCUUUUUACCAAUAGAUCAUCACCUGGAAACCUUAAAGACAUUGGGCAAAUCUGGUAUUAUCUCUGUUAUAAACCUGGAGAACAGCAUGCUUUUGGAAGCUUUGACCUUUUCAUUAUCGAUAAUUCAACAAAGGGAAGAUUACAAGAAUGUAUUUAGCUAUACGGAAUCGGAGCUCUCGACAUGGCUACGCGCAAGUAUGGUGAAGCAAAAACCAAACAAACGUGAUAAAAUUGAACCAGAGGAAAUACAUAGCAUACAAAACUUCCUAAAGUUCAGUCUAACCGAAUUUAACUACCUAAGGGAGAAAUUUACUGUACUGAAGAAGUUAAUAAUUUUCGAACAUUAUAAGAGCCACGAUAUCGAGUGCUCACAAAGGAUUUUGUAUUCUCAGGGGGAAAUUAUAGCAAGCGUAGUCCCAAGUAAACGAUUGCGCACAUCCCCCUUUGACAAUGAGUUCAACGACGGUAUUGAUCCAUUUGAGCAAGCGGUAGAUUUCAUGUGCAUGUGUCUUGAUUCGCUAACUUCAAAAAUAGUCGAAGUACUAGAUUCCAAAGUUAGUACUUGGUGGACAUUAUAUGGAGAAAUAACUAAUUUACAGAAAGAAUAUCAAAGGAACUUUCCGGAAAAGGGUAAACCCAACUCAGCAUCUUCCGAAGAUAGUAAAGGUUUCUUUGUGUCAUAUAUGGAAGAUAAACGCCAGAAGUUAGAAAGCAAGUUACAGUCAAGACUCAGUGUUUGCUCCGAAAAUUUACAGCAUCUUGAUGCUGAAUUGAAGCAUUGUCAUGAACUUCUAGCAGAGGAAAUUAGCUUCUUUAUCAGCUCUAAAAACUUUGCCUAUAUGAACUUUAUGGUGAAAGCUUACGUGAACAGACGCAUUAAACAACAUAAAAAUAUGCUACUAGCAAUAGAAGAAUUCAUAAGUACUUAG